CCUGUUCUCUUCAGGCUCCGGAAGUGCAGUUCAGUUUGCUGUGUAAUUGCAGGGGAAAGGUUUGUUGUGUCAGGGUAGCCCAUCAUCAUCAUGCCUGACUACCUGGGUACCGAUCAGAGAAAAACCAAGGAGGAAGAUAAGGAGGACAAACCCAUCCGAGCUCUGGAUGAAGGAGACAUUGCCUUGUUAAAAACAUAUGGUCAAAGCACAUAUUCUCGCCAGAUUAAGCAAGUAGAAGAUGAUAUACAGAAUCUGCUUAAGAAAAUUAAUGAGCUCACAGGGAUUAAAGAGUCUGAUACAGGACUUGCUCCUCCAGCGCUUUGGGAUUUGGCUGCUGAUAAGCAGACCCUGCAGAGUGAGCAACCACUGCAAGUGGCCAGAUGUACGAAAAUAAUCAAUGCUGACUCGGAGGAUCCAAAAUACAUUAUAAAUGUAAAGCAGUUUGCCAAGUUUGUGGUCGACCUCAGUGAUCAGGUCGCGCCUACUGACAUUGAAGAAGGCAUGAGGGUUGGGGUGGACAGAAACAAGUACCAGAUCCAUAUUCCGUUACCUCCAAAAAUUGACCCAACAGUAACUAUGAUGCAGGUAGAAGAGAAACCUGAUGUGACUUACAGUGAUGUUGGUGGUUGCAAGGAACAGAUAGAAAAGCUGAGAGAGGUGGUUGAGACCCCUCUGCUUCACCCUGAGCGAUUUGUCAACCUUGGUAUUGAGCCACCAAAAGGAGUACUGCUGUUUGGCCCACCCGGAACAGGCAAAACUCUGUGUGCACGUGCAGUUGCGAACAGGACUGAUGCCUGCUUCAUCAGAGUGAUUGGAUCAGAGCUGGUCCAGAAAUAUGUUGGGGAGGGAGCCCGGAUGGUGCGUGAACUGUUUGAGAUGGCAAGAACCAAGAAAGCCUGUCUUAUUUUCUUUGAUGAAAUUGAUGCCAUUGGUGGAGCUCGGUUUGAUGAUGGAGCUGGAGGGGACAAUGAAGUCCAACGUACUAUGUUGGAACUAAUCAACCAGCUAGAUGGCUUUGAUCCAAGAGGAAACAUUAAAGUUUUAAUGGCCACCAACAGACCUGACACUUUGGAUCCAGCUCUGAUGCGACCUGGACGACUGGACAGAAAAAUUGAAUUUAGUUUACCUGAUCUUGAGGGACGCACACACAUAUUUAAGAUUCAUGCACGUUCUAUGAGUGUUGAAAGAGACAUAAGAUUUGAACUGCUAGCCCGACUAUGUCCUAAUAGCACAGGUGCUGAAAUUCGCAGUGUGUGCACGGAAGCAGGAAUGUUUGCAAUCCGUGCCCGUCGCAAAGUUGCAACAGAAAAAGAUUUUUUGGAGGCUGUAAAUAAAGUAAUCAAGUCGUAUGCAAAAUUCAGUGCAACCCCACGAUACAUGACAUACAACUAAUUUGAACUGUACGUAGUGAGAUGUUUUUUCAUUCUGAUAUGUUACGCUUUUGUGAAGGAAGAUAAUUCUACUAGUACAAAUAAAAAAAUAAAAUGUAA